CCACAAAAAGUAAAAUAACUUUGACCGACUUUAGUAUUAAAUAAACAAAAACAAUCAAAUGUAGAAAACUCAUUAUUGAGUUAUAAGUAGGUCAUGAAGAUAUUUAUGUUUGUCGAGUAUCCUAUGUGAUGAAGAUAUCUGUUUGUUGAGUGACCUAUUAGUAUUUUCUUGCACUUCAUUCUGCAAAGACAUGGCAAUGUUGAAAGAUAUAGAAGGAAGUACGGUGGCGGUGACGGGCGGCGCGAGCGGCAUCGGGCUCGCCAUCGCCGACGCCUUCCUCCAGCGCGGCGCCCGCCGCCUCAUCCUCCUCGACCUCAACCCGCAGCAGGCAGAAAAAGCUGCCAAAACUCUGAAUGCCAAGCACGGAAACAAGACUUCCUUCGUUCAAUGUGACGUCACUAAAGACUUAGACAAAGUUACAAAAGUAAUCUUAGACACCUACAAGACGGUAGACAUCUUGGUCAACAGCGCUGGGAUUGUAAACGAAAGGAACCCGAGGAAGGUGAUCGAAAUAAACCUAACAGCUGUUGUAGAAUGGUCACUGAAAUUCUUAGAUGUUAUGAGAACUGACCGUGGUGGAAGAGGUGGGACCAUCAUCAACAUGUCCUCCAUAUACGGUUUUAUGGUAGAUCCAUAUUUACCAGCCUACAAAGCUUCUAAAUUUGGCGUUCUAGGUUUCACGAAGAGUAAAGGGCACGUGAAUAACUUCAAGAAGACAGGCGUGAGAAUGUUUGCCAUCUGUCCAGGAAUUACAUCUACGAAUCUCGUCACUGAUUACAAAACUUGGGAACCUGAGGAGAAUCGAGAGGAGUUCGUGGCGACGUUCGGUAGCAUGCCGUGGCAGGACGCGGCCAGGGUGGGGCAGGGCGUAGUCGACGUGUUUCGCAAGGCUGAAAGUGGAACGGCGUGGUUGAUACAAGGCGAAGAUCCCAUUUCCGAAGUGUGAAAUUGAUUAUUGAAGUUUAUUUAUGAUAAAUAUGUAACUACUCAUGAUACUAACUUACUUACAUCUUACCUCUAGAUAGUUCUGUAACGCGGCUCUUCAAUAAUUAUUAUAUAAAUGUGCAAGUAUGUAGUUUUGUCUGUCUGCCUCAUAACUAAAUUUAUAUUAAAUAAAUUUAACUAGAAACAUGAAGAGUUCCAGUAAAAUAAAAUAAUGCUAGGUAUUUUUGUUUCCAAAUCCUUAAUUUUUUGCUUAUCGUCAUCUCUUUAAUGUGACUUGGUUUUUAAUGUUAUUACUUACUAAACAUUAAUUUUCAUUUAACUGUGGGUUACAUUGACUUAUAUAGUCUUAUAACAAAAAUAAUUACUAACAAUUAAUCUUCGUCAGUCACUUCACUGAGUGCAUUCAAUUCAGUUGUAAUUAUAACUGACUUAACAAUUUUAUUAAUACAAUUUCAAUGACUUUUUGUGUUUAGAUACUUAUGAAAAAAUAAAUGUACAUA